ACCAUGCAUCCUCUCUCCUCCCCUUUUCCACUUCGCCGCUGUUCUCGUUUUCUUCUUCCUAGUCUUCGUCGCCGUGUGGAGGUGUGGACCCGUCUGAGAAGCCUAAAAUGCAUUUGAAAAAGACCCCGCACCCAACAAUCCAUCUCGAAAUGAGGGCCGAAUCUCUCAUGGUUCGCAAUGGAGCUAAUGGCAGAACGAAGAGCCGCCAAGUUUAGAGGAAAGUAUACUGAAUCGGGAUGAGAUGAACGAGAUUGCUUUUCGAGGUUUGGGAGUGAGAAGAUGUUGAUCGCUGUUAUCUAAUCGUCGUCUUGAUUAAAAUUUCAGUUUGUUCCGUUUCAUAUCAGUUUUAGACAUACUUUCUUUCUUUGAAAAUAGCCUCAAGGAAUGGCUUGGCUGCACAAGAUUUUCAAAGGUUCGAGCCAUAAGAUCUCUAAAGGGCUAUACCAGGGGAAAACUAGCGGUGAUGGGGAUUGGAAUGAAUCUUCUAAUUCGUUGCCCCUGUCAAAACAUGAAGAAGAUAUUGAUCAUGCUAUUGCACUUUCCCUUUCUGAAGAAGAGCAAUGGAAGGCAAAGGUCACUGAAAAUGAACCUGAUGUGGAGGAAGAUGAACAACUUGCAAGGGCCGUGCAAGAAAGCUUAAAUUUUGACUCAGCCCAAGAAAAUAAAGAUUCACCUCCUCGGCAUAAUGGACGCAUUUAUCAACCACCUUUUUUUUUCCCAGCAAGGUCCAGGAUUUGUGCAGGAUGCAAGAAACAAAUCAGUAACGGAAGAUUUCUUAGCUGUAUGGACUCUGUUUGGCACCCAGAGUGCUUUCGUUGUUAUGCUUGCGAUCGACCAAUAACGGAUUAUGAGUUUUCCAUGUAUGAAGAUCACCCCUACCACAAGUCAUGCUACCGGGAACUCUAUCAUCCAAAAUGUGAUGUUUGUAAGCAGUUUAUUCCAACUAACAUGAAUGGACUCAUUGAAUACCGUGCACACCCUUUUUGGAUGCAAAAGUAUUGUCCUUCACAUGAAGAUGAUGGUACUCCAAGAUGCUGUAGUUGUGAAAGGAUGGAGCCCAGAGAUGCAAAAUAUGUAACUUUAGAUGAUGGGAGGAAGCUUUGCCUGGAAUGUUUGGAUUCUGCGAUAAUGGAUACCCAUGAGUGCCAACCUCUAUAUCUUGAUAUUCAAGAGUUUUACGAGGGUUUAAACAUGAAAGUUGUUCAGCAGAUUCCGUUACUUUUAGUCGAGAGGCAAGCACUAAAUGAGGCCAUGGAAGGAGAGAAGAAAGGGCACCAUCACCUUCCUGAAACCAGAGGUCUCUGCCUAUCGGAAGAGCAGAUAGUCAGUACAAUAUUGCGGAGACCUAGGUUUGGCCCAGGAUUCAGAAUCAUUGAAAUGAUGACAGAGCCGUACAGGCUCACUCGACACAGUGAAGUAACAGCAAUUCUUGUUCUUUAUGGGCUACCAAGAUUGCUAACAGGAUCGAUCAUCGCACAUGAAAUGAUGCAUGCUUGGAUGCGACUCAAAGGUUAUCGAAGCCUCCGUCCAGACGUGGAAGAGGGCAUUUGUCAGGUUCUGGCUCACAUGUGGCUUGACUCCGAGAUCAUGUCAGGCUCAGGCAGCAACGCUCCAUCUUCUUCCUCAUCUUCAUCUUCAUCUUCAUCGGCACCAUCAUCCAAAAAAGGCACAAGAUCACAAUUUGAGAGAAAGCUCGGAGAAUUCUUCAAACACCAGAUCGAAUCGGAUUCUUCCCCUGCUUAUGGAGAUGGUUUUCGUGCUGGUAAUGAAGCAGUGCUCAAGUAUGGUCUCAGAAGUACUCUGGAUCAUAUUAAGUUGACAGCAAGCUUCCCAUUAUAGAAAAAAAAAAAAAAA